AUGCUCGCGCACGGUGCCAGGGCGUUCAGAACCAACUCUCGCUUCUUCCUUCCCUUCACGCUGUUUUCCUCAUCCGCAAACGCUCAGUCCUCCAACCCCUCCGCUAGACAACUCAGAGAAAUGUCUGUCAAGAAUCGCGUCGAGUCUACCAUCUCCGAGAACAAGGUCGUCGUCUUUUCCAAGUCGUACUGCCCUUACUGCCGUCGUGCAAAGUCGCUCUUCGCGACCGAGUUCCCAGAGACCGAGGUCACCGUCGUAGAGCUCGACGAGGACUCCGAGGGCUCCGACAUUCAGGCAUACCUCGCGCAAAAGACUGGCCAGAGUACCGUUCCCAACAUCUUUAUCAACCAGAAGCACAUUGGGGGCUCAGACGACCUUGCGGGUCUCAACCGCGUAGGUGGUGUGAAAAAGCUCCUGCUUUAG